UCCUUCUAUUAAUGAAUCACAAGUAUAUAUAAAAGGUCACACAAACAUUCCUUUGCAUCAAUCAACAAUCACCUAAAAAAUCUCGUGGAUACACUCAUACAUCCAAAAUGGCUAGCGACGGUUCAAGCGGCGUGAUGUUGCUGGGCACAUGGUCGAGCCCGUUCGCGGUGAGGGCUCGAGUCGCUCUCCACCUAAAGUCCGUGACGUACGAGUACGUGGAAGAAGCAGAUAUUCUCAACUCAAAGAGCGAGCUCCUCCUCAAGUACAACCCCAUCCACAAGAAAGUACCUGUCCUCAUCCAUGGCGACAAACCCAUCUGCGAAUCCCUCAACAUUGUUCAGUACAUCGACGAGGCCUGGCUCUCCGGUCCAGCUCUCCUCCCGACCGAUCCCCACGACCGGGCCAUGGCUCGUUUCUGGGGUCAGUACAUCGACACACAGUGCUUUGCAGCGAUUAACGGAGUUGCAGUAGCGAAAGAUGAGGAGGGGAGGAAGGCUGCGGCGGCGAAUCUGGACGAGUGUUUAGGGAAAUUGGAGGAAGCGUUUGAGAAGUGCAGUAAAGGCAGAGACUUUUUCGGAGGUGACAGUAUGGGAUUCGUAGAUAUUGCUUGGGGUUCCAUAUUGGGACCUCUCUGGGUUAUCGAGAGAUUUUCUGGCGUCCAGUUUCUCCGGCAAGACAAAACUCCCGGUCUUGUCCGGUGCUCGGAGAGUUUCUGCGCUCACGACGCCGUCAAGCCGUACAUGCCCACCGUUGAAAAGCUCGUUGAGUUCGCCAUGAAGAAAUUCAAUCUCCAGUGAUUCUGUCAGUUAUAACUGGUUAGAUUAAAUCCAGUUUAUGUUUUUCUACCCUUUUAAUUACUCUUUCUUGUUAAUAAUGUUUCGAGUCUUAAAGUCAUGUAAAAGCUCGAAUAGUGUUGUUUUCGUUGAAACUUAAUUGCUAUAAAUAACAUUAAAAUGA